CCUCCGCGCGAGCCCGGCGAGCCUCGCCGCGGAUGCCCUGCCCGGAGUGCUCCGCGCCGCGCCAGGCUCGCCCGGGUCCGCGGCGAGACAUGCCCGAGCCAGGCGCCGCACCGACCUCGACUUAUCUGUAAGCAGCGGAAGGAAUCAUGGUCAGUAAGGAAACCGGCAAAUGCGUACUCACGACGUCAGAGAGCGAAGUCGAACCUGCCGCCUGCCUGGCCCUGGAGAUGAGAUACGCCCUGGAUCCCAACCGGCAGAUUAAAAAGCGGAAUAAAGCCCUGCAGGUGCGCUUUAAGGAUAUCUGCGAGGCACAGAAUGAGCAGAGGGACUCACGGCUCGCGGCGGGACAGCCUGGCGAGAAGCGGGAGGCGAAGCCCGUGUCCUACAGAGCAGCCUACCGCAAAUACAUGACCGUGCCCGCGCGGAGGGCCAUCCCCAAUGUCACCAAGAGCACAGGCGUGCAGACCUCGCCGGACCUGAAGAAGUGUUACCAGACCUUCCCCCUGGACCGCAAAAAGGGGAAUCUCAAAAGCAUCCCGGCUGCGGAUGCCUUUAAAAGUCAAAACAACGGGUUUGUGGCGGAGAAGCAGGAGGAAGGGGCGGGGGAGCAGGCCCGGCCCUGGGGUGCCGGCCGGGUGCACAAGACGGCGGCCUCGGUUUUCCAUUCCGAUGAACACGUGAAUGAGCUGGACCAGCCUGCCGGGCUCAACUGCGCAGAGCCAGGCGAAAACCCUGAUGCACACGGCUGCCGAGAGGAGCCUCUCCAAAACUCCGCUCGGCCUUCCUCCCGGGAGCCCGACCACCAGCUGCACGGCAGAGCGAAGCACGGCAGGGCGACCCCGGACACGGAGGAAGCCGCUCCGCCGGCCCACGGGACGGUGUUCAAAACGGAGGUGGCCGCCGUUUAUGCACCUGCCCCCGGCGCGAAGGCCCUCGAGGCCGCCUUGUCGAACUCUGCCACCGCGAGCGAGUGGCCCCUGUGCCCGGCGGCCGACCAGGAGCGGGGGAGAGCCUCGCGUGUCAACGGGCUCCAGGGACCCGCGGCGGCCCGCUCACCCCCGAUGCAGUGCCUGUCCCCCGAAUGCAGCGGGCGGCCCACGCAGACCCGGGCCCCGCCGGGGGAGGACGGCCAGCCUUGUGCCGCGGCGGCCUCUGCGGGUGGAGAAUCCCGACAAAUCGUGCCUCACACGGAAGUCGUCGACCUGAAAGCACAGCUCCAGGUGAUGGAGGACCUGAUCAGCUCAAGCCAGGAAACCAUCAAAGUGCUCUUGGGGGUCAUUCAGGAGCUGGAGAAAGGAGAGGCCCACCGGGAAGGGCUUUCAUAUCGGACUGGGCAAGACACAGCUAAUUGUGAGACAUGCAGGAACAGUGCAUGUGUUAUCUAUAGUGUGGAGCUGGACUUUAAGCAGCAAGAAGACAAGCUCCAGCCAGUUCUGAGGAAACUCCAUCCUUUUGAGGAAACUCAGGUUGUACCUUCGCCUUACUCUCAGGAGCCCUACUCCGCAACUCCCAAGCAAAAAUCCAAACCCGAAUCUAAAAAGCAUGGAAGAUGGAAACUCUGGUUUCUUUAAAACUCAUGGUGUUUGGAGUCUAAAGGCCGUCUUGAAAACCCACUGGAGUUAAGUAAAUCCUUUUCCAAAACGAAUAGGAUGGAGCGAGCCUUGGCCGGCUCAGCGCUUCCCACUUCCCACCCUGCUUACCAAAAAGGCCUUUUGUACGAACAGAUAAUUAACAGAAGCAAGGUUGUACACGUCACACCUUGCCAGCUGUUGUCUGCAAUUCGUGGAUGUGGGAGGUAAACUCUGAAAUGAAGUUUAUGUAGUCAAAGGGGAUAGGUAAAAAAAAUUCUGUGCCCCCGCCCCAGAUCGGCAAGUAUUACGUCAUCAGCCUGCGAGACGAUGGGCUAUCACUCUGUACACAGCUAAAACUCAUAAUUAUUUUCAAGCCUUUCUUUCUUUUUUUCUUUCUUUCUUUUUUUUCUUUUUUUUGAUAAUGAGAAGAAAAAGCAAGCCUUAUGUUUGCAAAGGACUUCAUUUUUAUGUUUAAUUUUGCAAAUAAGCAGGGGGCGAGUGCAAUUUUCAGCACAUCAAAUUCCGGAGAAAGCACAAUUUUUUCAAGUGGUCGGAGACCAUAAAUAAUCUCUCAAAUGUGACUAUAUGUAUAUUUGCCUUCAUGUGCUGUAGCGCUAAGCCAAGUGACCACAUCUCAGUGUCAGGUUGACACCUCAAACUUAGCAUUCUGUUCAUCUCCAGACCUGCCACAUGUUUACUGCUCAUUUUCCAAACGGCCAGCAGCCAGGAGUCCCCCAAAGUCAGGACAUGCCUUUAAUCACUGCAGUUGACAGGGUCAGAGCUAUGGGACACUAAGCUUUCUUAGAUCUCAUUUUUAAUCUUUGGGUACCCAAAGGCCAAACGAUAAAUUCUGGCAAGAAUCUGAAAACACACAUAGAGAUACACGGCGGAUAGUACAGUCACCAAUAAAUCACGGGUGUUCUCUGCCACCGGAAAGCGUUUCUGUGGAUCAAUCUCUGAGACACCGUUCGUCACCCAAAGCGCAGCCAGACGUUUUAUACAAUCCGUUACGCUCUGUAACAAGUGUGGAAGACCUGACCAUCUCAAAGAGAAACCGCGCGUUUCGUUUAGCUGCUGCCAACCGACAAACUUAGCGUCGCCUGCAUCGAACCUAUUAGUCAGUUGUACUAAAUGACAUACCUAGGGGAAAGCUGUGAAUCAAAUGUUUUUAGGUAUUUUUUAAAUAAACAGUGACACUGAGAGUCCUCUUUUGAUUACACAUUGCAAUAUAAAUCUUAGUUCCUUUAUUUUUUCACUCAUUACUUUGCACCUUUGCAAGUAUCUUUUUUAUAGAAAUCAAAAGCCCCUGGUCUAGGAAUGACUGGUCUAUCAAUUUUCUGCUUUUCACAAGAGGAAGUAGGGAUCUUAUUUUGCCUUUUUUUGUACAACUUUGGAAUAGUUGUGUGAACGUACAAGAAAACCUAGUCUUCAAGUUUCUGUCCAGAAGUUUCCCAUCCGAUCUAAUGCUGGCAUGCACACCUCACUGAUUAGAUGCCAAAAACAAAGUGGCGACCCUUGGUAAGAGAUCUCUACCUGCAUUUCUCACGGGAGCUAUUUCUUGCUGUGCAUUUUCCUCCUGAUUCAACAGCAAAUUUAUUUUAGUUCUAAGUGUUUCGAUUCUACAGGGACCUAGUGAUCAGCAAUCAGACCUGGACCGGAUAACAAUGAAGCGUGUGUCACGUAAGCAUUCUUUGGGAUUGCUCACACUAUACUGCGGAGGUAGCCUUUAA